CGACAGGAGAAGCACCGCUGCUGUGACCAGUACCGGGCCUGGAGCGGCAGAACCAGCAGCAGCAGCCGCAGCAGCAGCCGCGGGGGAGCGCAGCGCACAUGUUCGGCACGCACCACCACCGCUCUCAGACCAGCUUCUCCAUGGCCUGCAGACACCUCACCCUGAUCCUUUGUCUGCAUCACCUGGGCGGAUCGCUGGCAACGCCAGAGGACGACCUGCUCAUCGACACAAAGCUUGGAAAAGUUCAGGGGAAGCUGCUCCCGGUGCUGGGUGGGGAGGUGAAAGCCUUCCUUGGGAUUCCUUACGCAAAGCCUCCAGUGGGGAAACUGCGAUUCGGCGCGCCCCAGCCUGUUGAGAGAUGGGCUGGGGUGAAGGAUGCCAGCAAAUUCCCCAACUCCUGCUAUCAGAUGCCAGACUCGGCUUAUCCAGGCUUCCGAGGGGCAGAGAUGUGGAACCCAAACACGCCGCUGAGCGAGGACUGUUUGUACUUGAAUGUCUGGUCUCCACGUCUCAACAAAACACAGCUUCAGGCCUCACCACUGGCUCCUGUCCUCGUCUGGAUUUACGGGGGCGGGUUCACCACCGGGACAUCCAGUCUGGACGUCUAUGAUGGACGAUACUUGAGUAAAUGGGAAAGUGUCGUGGUGGUCUCCAUGAAUUACAGAGUCGGAGCGUUUGGUUUCUUAUCGCUUCCUCACAACAAGAACAUCAAAGGCGACGCAGGGUUGCUGGACCAGCGCUUGGCCCUCCAGUGGGUGGCCGACAAUAUCGCCGUUUUCGGGGGAGACCCAUCCAAGGUCACCUUGUUCGGUGAAAGUGCUGGGUCAGCGUCUGUGGGGCUGCACCUUCUGUCACCCGGCAGCCAGAAUCUUUUUCAGCGGGCGAUCAUGGAGAGUGCCUCCCCAAAUGCUCCCUGGGCCACUCUCACCAAAGACGCUUCCCACAAAAGAUCCAUGACGCUUGCAGGCCUCAUUGGAUGUCCAACAUCACCUGCUGCGCAUAUGGAGAUGUGUCUCCAAAAGGCUGAUGCGAAGGUGAUCACGUCCAAGCAGCUGGCGGUCUUGGAUAAAGAGUCGAUGUUUGGAAUUCCCUUUGCACCUCUGCGCGACGGUGACUUCCUGCCAGAUCAGCUGGAGAUGAUGCUGCAGUCCGGCAAGCUUCCCAAGAAAGAUGUGAUGUUUGGUCUCAACAGAGAUGAAGGAACCUAUUUCUUGUUCUACGGCAUUCCUGGCUUCAGCUUGCUCGGCCAAAGUCUGAUCAGCAGAAGCGAGUUCUUGCACGGGCUGUCCCAGCACAUGGGGGCGGCCAGCGACCUGGCAAAACAGGCCGUCGUGGUGCAGUACACCGACUGGACCGACCCGAGCAGCAAAAUGAAGAAUCGGGACUCACUGGGACGAGUGGUCGGGGAUCGGAUGUUUGCCUGCCCCCUGCUGGAGUUUGCCCAAAGGUACUCGCAGCAUGGAGGGAAGAGCUUCCUGUAUCUCUUUGAUCACCAGUCUUCCAUCAACCCGUGGCCAGCGUGGGCGGGCGCCAUGCACGGCUACGAGAUCGAGUUUGUCUUUGGCUUGCCCCUCAACGCGUCCUGGGGAUACACCAAGAACGAAGUCAACAUGACCAAGAAAUUCAUGAGACACUGGGGCAACUUCGCGAGGACGGGGGACCCGGGAAUCGAUGGAGCCUUCUGGCCAAAGUUCACAGCUGAUCAGCAAGAGUACAUCACUCUGAACCAAAACCACCCGGAGCAGAAGACCAUGCUGAAGGCCCAGGAGUGUCAACUGUGGAACAAACUCAUUCCACAGAUGGAGCAAGUGACAGAACAUCUGGCAGCUUGUCUGGCUUCACAUGGACCUGCCUUCAACUGCAGCUGGACGCUUUUCCUUGCCCUGCUUUUUGCCUUGAGAUGGUUCUAGACGAGGACUGAGGAGGGCAGCUCCGCUCACACUCACACACUGCUUUGACAUUACUCGGUUCCGUUUGACACCUUCUUCUUCUUCUUUUUUCUUGAAUCGUAGCGCAGGAACAGGACUGCAUGCAUCUCUAUCUUUGUAAAAAGUUGAAUUUGCUGUCAUUCAUAAAAGAUA